GGCAAAAGUCUGAAGGAUGGGGCUGGAGAAAUGUAACCACUCUCAAAUUCAUAGAGCGAGCAAUAGAUGCAAGUACUGCCCAUCUGUGAUACCCAAAUGAUAGUUUUGGGUUCUGAUGUUGUACCACAGUUGAACUAGGCUCAUGCAGCAUUGAUAAGUUAUAUUCUUCAAGAAUAUAUGGGUAUAUAUCAUUCAUUUAUAAAUCCAAAGAUGAAUGUAGCAAUUGCAGAUUGYCCCUUUAAAAAAAAAAGGAACUUCUUGGAUUUAACAGUAAUCUAUUUUCUGCUCAGGUGCAUGGUUGAGAGCAGAAACAACAGUGGCUCCAGAUUCAUCCCAUAUAAAAGGAAUGUUGUGAGGUUUACCAUGGAUGCUUUUCUGUUUCAGGGAAUGACAGCAGGGCAGCUCGAGCCGCCUCUUCAGCCACAGCAGCUCUACAUGCACUGUGCUAUGUCUGUGGGGAGGUCUGUCCCCUCUUCAACUGCGAAGGCCUGCACCUACGAUUCCGCAGCAGGGGGAUGGAAGGAGCUGUAUGGAGCUUCUUCAGUCUGCUCCUGUUGUGAGUCCACAUGUAGCUCUGCUGUCCCCUCUGCCACCACCAAGAUGGUCACCAGCAAGUCGUGGUCGGUGGAAUACAACACAAAGCCUGCUCUGACCCAGGAGGUGACGACAACCUCACAGCCCGAGACCAUGGUGGAGGGGCAGUUAGGUGUGAGGCAGGUGGAGAGACUUAAAGAGAGACCUGUGAAGGGAUUUGCUGUUGUGGAAGUGGAGCAGGUCUCUGAACCACACAGAACAUUCGAGGAGUUCUUUGGUGUGGACAAAUAYACAGCAAGUGUGGUCACUGCCCGAUGUUCAUGUCGAUAAUUCACCUUGGCAAUAAAACAAAUUACUGAUA